CCGAGCGAGCCGCUGCCGGGUUAGAGGAGGCGCGGAAGGCGGAGACUGGCCCGGAAAGGGCGAAGAUGGCGGAGAAAGACUUCAAGUCUCUGUUCUAAAUAUUGUUGGAAGCACAUGAGGCCAUGGCAGAUGUUGAUGUUCAAACAUCCAUACCAAAAAGGUGUGGUCCAUACAUUUCUUCCAUCACCAGCCACAGCCUGAACCUGGUCCUUCGUGGGAUAGUCCUGUUCUUAAUUGGAGUCUUUCUUGCAUUAAUAUUAAACUUGCUUCAGAUACAAAGAAAUGUCACCUUAUUUCCACCGGAUGUGAUUACAAGCAUCUUUUCUUCAGCUUGGUGGGUACCCCUUGGAUGCGGCACAGCAUCAGCUGUAAUUGGAUUAUUGUACCCAUGCAUGGAUAGACAUCUGGGAGAACCUCAUAAAUUGAAGAGAGAGUGGUCCAGCGUGAUGAGAUGCGUAGCAGUCUUUGUUGGCAUAAAUCAUGCCAGUGCUAAAGUGGAUUUUGCCAACAACUUUCAGUUGUCUCUCACACUUGCUGCACUUUCAGUGGGGCUCUGGUGGACUUUUGAUAGAUCUCGAAGUGGUUUUGGACUUGGAAUAGGAAUUGCAUUUUUAGCCACUUUGGUGACUCAGGUUUUGGUCUACAAUGGAGUUUAUCAAUACACAUCUCCUGACUUCCUUUAUGUCCGUUCCUGGUUGCCCUGUAUAUUCUUUGCUGGUGGAAUAACUAUGGGAAACAUUGGCAGGCAGCUAGCAAUGUAUGAAUGUAAAGUUAUUACGGAAAAGUCUCAUCAAGACUGACAAGAGCAAAAAAAUACUUUUCUCACAGGAGGAGGACGAGCAGACUGAGAAGAGCACACAGUA